UUGCACAGUUGAGUAGAAGAAAAGAGAAACGAAACGAAUGGACAGGAAUCUGGAUAAUUAUCCGUCAAAGCCAUACAAGUCAUUUUCACAGCAGCUGCAUUGAACUUCCUAGAGAGAGAAAGCCAAAAACAAUGAAAAGAAGAGAGGGAAAGAAGGUGAAGAAAGGGCGAAAUAUAUAUAAAAUAUUGAAGUCUUUCAAGGGAAAUUCACUUCCUUUUUCCUUUCUCUCUGCCUAACCGCGGAUACGGUUCUAGCACAAUUCAUCCCCCUCUUAAAAGGAAUACCAAAAUUUUUGUUUCCUUUCACUUGUAUAACAAGAAGCUUUUUAUUUUUUUGGGGUUAAAAGACCAAAUCUUGUUAUGAUUUAUAUACAACAUCCUUUGAAGAUUCAACCAACAACCCAAAACUAGAAUAAGGCUGAAAAAAUCUUCGGUAUUCUUUGGUUGUAUCGUUUUCAUUUCUUUGGCUUUUCAUUUUAUUUGUUUGCUGCAGAUCUAAUUCUGUUUUAGCCAGAGUUGGUUCUCUUAAAGACCCUUGUUUUAGAAUUCAGCUUUGGAGUUUUCAACCAUGGCUACAGCAGCAAUAUUCUCUUCCCUAAGGAGGAGAAGAUCGCCGUCUCUAGAGGCUUUCUUGGCUCCCGUUGACUUAACAGAAGUAACUCUCGUUCAAACCCUGGCAGCCAUCUCUUCUGAGCUUGUUUCUUCCUUUUCCAACAACGUUUUCUUCUUUCAGCGAAGAAAUUCUCGAUCUUUGGUUCGAAAGAUUGAAAUUUUCGUUGUUUUCUUGGAGUAUUUGAGGGAUUCAGGAUCAGGGUCCAUGUCAAGCCUGCCUUCAACAGCCAUUUUGUGCUUUAAGGAGCUCUAUUUGUUGCUUUAUAGGUCAAAGAUAGUACUUGAUUAUUGUGCUCAAUCCAGUAAGUUGUGGCUUUUGCUUCAAAACCAUUCAAUAUCAGGCCAUUUCCAUGAUUUGAAUCAAGAAAUUUCUACGCUUUUGGAUGUUUUUCCUAUAAAUGAUGUUCAAUUGAGCGAUGAUGUUAGGGAACAAGUUGAGUUGUUGCAAAAGCAGGCUAGGAAGACAAAAUUGUAUGUUGAUAAAAGUGAUGAGAAUUUAAGGGUUAGGUUCUUUUCUUUUCUUAAUGAGUUUGAGAAUGGGAGCAUACCAAAUCAUGUGGACUUGAGGUUGUUUUUUGUGGAGAGGUUGGGGAUUAGGGAUGCCAAAAGUUGCAGGUGUGAAAUUGAGUUUUUGGAGGAGCAGAUUGUGAAUCACGAGGGAGAUAUUGAGCCCACGGCUUCUGUGCUGAAUGGAUUUGUUGCUAUUACCCGAUAUUGUAGAUUUUUGCUAUUUGGUUUUGAGGAAGAUGAGGUGCAGUUGGCUUUUGGAAAUCAGAAGAAGCCGAGAAAGGGGUUGAUUACUCGGGAGAUUGCGGAUACGUUUUUAACUAUUCCUAAGGACUUUUGUUGUCCGAUAUCAUUGGAUUUGAUGAGAGAUCCGGUGAUAAUCUCAACCGGACAGACUUAUGAUCGGAGUUCAAUAACUAGGUGGAUGGAGGAAGGGCAUUGUACUUGUCCAAAGACAGGGCAAAUGCUCAUUCAUACUCGCCUCGUUCCUAACCGAGCUUUGAGGAACUUGAUCAUACAGUGGUGUACUGCUCAUGGAAUUCCAUAUGAUCCUGCGGAGACCACAGAUGCAUCUGCAGAGUCCUUUGCUGCAGCUUUGCCAAUCAAAGCAGCAACUGAAGCCAACAGAGCAACAGCAUCCCAUCUAAUUCAACAUCUAGCAAAUGGAUCUCAGGGAGCUCAGACUAUUGCUGCUCGUGAGAUUCGCUUGUUGGCUAAAACAGGAAAGGAAAACCGUGCUUUUAUUGCAGAGGCUGGGGCAAUACCACACUUACGGAAGUUGCUGUCGUCUUCAAACCCUGUUGCUCAAGAGAAUUCUGUUACUGCAAUGCUGAAUUUAUCCAUUUAUGAUAAAAACAAAAGUCGAAUUAUGGAUGAGGAAGGUUGUCUAAGAUCAAUUGUUGAAGUCUUGAGGCUUGGUCUCACAACAGAGGCCAGGGAAAAUGCUGCAGCGACAUUAUUCAGCCUCUCUGCAGUUCAUGACUAUAAGAAGAGAAUAGCAGAUGAGGGAGGGGCAGUUGAAGCCUUAGCUGGGUUGUUGAGAGUGGGGACCCCAAGAGGAAAGAAGGAUGCUGUGACUGCUUUGUUUAAUCUGUCCACUCACACCGAAAAUUGUGCGAGAAUGAUAGAGGCCAGAGCUGUUACAGCACUUGUAGGAGCUUUGGGAAACGAAGGGGUUGCAGAGGAAGCAGCAGGUGCAUUGGCCUUAAUUGUUAGGCAGCCAAUUGGGGCUGAAGCAGUUGGGAAGGAAGAAAUGGCAGUAGCAGGGUUAGUAGCAAUGAUGCGAUGUGGAACACCAAGAGGGAAAGAGAAUGCAGUUGCAGCAUUGCUUGAGUUGUGCCGGAGUGGUGGGUCUGCUGCAACUGAAAGAGUGCUUAAGGCCCCUUCAUUGGCUGGUUUGCUGCAGACCCUGUUGUUUACGGGUACGAAGCGGGCAAGAAGAAAGGCUGCAUCACUAGCUAGAGUGUUUCAGAGGUGUGAGAAUCCACCCUUGCAUUUUGGUGGAUUGGGUGUUGGAUAUGCAUUUGCAGGCAACUCAACUACAAAUAGGGAUUCAAGUUUCGCGGAUGAUGUAUCGGUGCCUAUGUCUAUCUCAGUGCCUGUUUUGUAAUGGUAACAUCACCUUGUGGUGUUGUCCUCCUUGCUUAUAUAAGUUCCCAUUUUUGUUGGUAAUAUAUUUACAAAUUCUUUCAUUGAAAUUUCAGAUAAUGAGAACAAGAACUUAUAGAAAUGAGAUACCGGAUCUGUUCUUGGAGAAUGGUAGAAAGUGUUACUGGCCAUUAGUUUGAUCUUAUAUAUGUAAUGUCCAGUGGUUUACAACAUAAUGAUGCAAUAAUACUGAAAAAUACUGUUACAAGUUCA